CUGCUAGUGAAUCUUGUUUCAUAUAAAUAUCGCUUAUUUUCUUAUUGUCUCAGUUGUGUUUAUUUAACCAUUGUGUGUUUCUUUCAUUAUGACUAAAAUAUGUGUGCUGAUCAUGUCAAUGUGUGUGUAUUAUGCGUCAGCCGAUGACAAACACAUCAAUUUGACAUCACCAAAGGAUAUGUAUGUGGUUCGAGCUACUGUUUAUCAAGUAGGAAUUUUAACUAACAAAACAAAAGAUUCGGACUUGAAUAAGACUGGUCAACAAGAAGCGAUAACAUUCUACCAUAACAAAGGUACUGGAAUAAACCUUAAUAAUAUACCUGCUCCUCUGGUGACUAACGUGACUGCUGAGAAUAUAGUAGGAGUUGCUCCAGCCAAUGCACCGUUUCCACUAAAUAUGAGCCUACUAGGCAAUGUUACACCUCUACAAAGACUUCCCCGGGAAGUGGUUAUACCAGCCAACAUCACGAAGGCUUCACUCUUCAUUCCAGCGGCUGCUGGGGUCCAGUCCAUCUCUCUUCCACCACUUCUAUCCUUCAAUAAUAAUAUUUCCAAAAUACCUGUACCUCUUCCCAAUGUAUCUGUUGUGAGCUACACAAAAGCCAGCACUCUUGUUAAAAAACCUUAGCGUCCAUAUAUUUUAACAUCAUGCAUGUUAAGCGCCAAUUUUGUAUAAGCAUAGUUAGACUUUAGAGAAAUAUUUCAUAUCUCUCGCUUAAUAGAACUGUAGAUUAAUUUAAGAUACAUUUAGACAUUAAACCAUGCAAGCUAUAUUAAAAUUUUUACUCUAAGUAAUAAUGAAAGUCGAUUUAGCGGUUUAAAAGUAUAUUUACAUAUUAAAACAUGUUUCAUAGUAUGGAGCUCGUAAAUAUGACGAACAUAUGACCUGAUGCUUUAUACUUUAAUUGGCCUUCAAUAUACCCCGUACGAUUUAGACUAAAACAAUGUUUUUAAGAUAUUUGUGAUUAAUAUCCUAAUAAAUUUGGUAAAUACGCAA